CGCAAGAUGGCUGCCAAUUUAUGUGAACGCAAGGACGAGUAGAAAACUCUGACGCGUUCGUUUGAUAAAAUAUAGUUUUUAUUGUGAUAUUUUAUUACCAAUCGCUGUUUUAACCUAGUGUAUGUGUUUUGUGUUAUAUGUUAUUAGUUAUCCAUGUUUAUAAAGUCAUAUGUGCAAUAUUGCUAUAGAAGGCAUAUAAAAUGUUCAGUGUUGAAUUGUGAUGGUUAUUUAUGCAGUGAUAGUUCUCCUUUGGGCGUAAUGAUGCAUGUUAUUGGAUGAUAUUGGUGAUUUUACUUUCGCGACAAUGGAAAAAGCGAAAGCGUACAUAAAGAGCUCACUGAGCGCGGGUGCGUGCGCGGGCGGCGUGGCGGUGGCGGUCGCGUGCGCGGGCCCCGGCAACCCGAGCCCGCCCGCGACCAACGGCACCAACAACGGCACCAGCACGCCGGCCUCGCCCGCGCCCCCCGGCACGCCGGCGCCCUCGCCCGCGCCCCCGCCCGCGCCCUCCGUGCCGCACUCGCCGGCGCCCGCGCCUGCACCCGCCGCCGCGGCCGCACCGCCCGCGCCGCCCGCGCCCGACGAGCGCGUGUGCUUCGUGUGCGGCGGCGCCGGCUUCAGCGACUACUUCACUAUCAGAGUCAAGCCGGACCCGCAGAGCACCGAGCCGUACUUCCCAUUCCUGGGCGGGCACGCGCCGCCGGCCGACUACCGCGCGGACGGCGACGAGGACGGCACGGUCAAGUGCUGCUGCGUGUGCUACACGUUCCUGCGGCAGCAGUGGGAGCAGUACGACCGCGAGAACAAGCCGCACAGCCAGCGGUUCUACUGGAUGAAGCGGCUCGACGGGAAGCCCUUUAUCGGCGCGGACAUGUCGUUCCAAGGCGAGUACGCGGCGCAGGUGCUGGGGCUGGGCGCGGAGGGGGCGCCGCGCGACGAGCCGGCGGCGCGCGCGCCCGACCCGCCGCGCCCCGCCUCGCCCAAGCGGGACGCCAAGUGCGCGGCCGCCGCGCGGACGCGGUACGCGGCGGGCGGCGCGGGCGGCGGCGGCGGCGGCGGCGCGGGCGAGGAGGAGGGCGGCGUGCUGGACCUGCGCGCGCGCGACCCGUCCGUCAUAUCGGUCGGCUCGCAGCACUCCGCCGCCUCCGAACCGGCCGGCUACCUCGAUGCCGUCAGAUCGACGGUGUCGGUGUACUCGGGCAACUCGAACUCGAGCUCGGACCGCGACAUCCUCGACCUGUCGAUGCCGGACAAGAACUGCAUGACGGAGGUGUGCUACGUGUGCGGCGACGAGCUGCGCCGCGGCGCGCUCGUCAACCUGCACACCAAGGAGCCGAAGGACAAGUGUCGGUGCCGGUUACCGGUAGCUCAGUCGCGGCUCGACCGUCGGGCGGAGCGCACGCACGCGGCGCUCGUGACCCGGUGCUCGCGCGCGAGUGUUGUGUCGUGUGAUAUUGUAUUGGUGUUGUGA